AUGUCAGGUACUGCUGCAGCCAGUCAUGCGGCAGCCAUGGCAGCGUUUAAGGCCACUAAUAAUAAUAAAGAUCAACCCAAGAAGGCCAGUUCAUUAGCUUCUUUAUCAGCAUUAACCGCAGCAGCAUCUUCAUCUUCAGCUUCAGUUCCAUCGCUAUUAACAAGAAAUGCUUCAUCUUCAAGUAAGAUAAGAAAGCAAAUUGGUAAAAUAACCAUUCCAACUAAUAAUUAUAAUAAUAAUCAUAAUCAUAAUCAUAAUCAUACUAAGAUAGAAGAGUCUCUUGGGUCUCCAUUAACUCUGCCUAAGACUCCUGAUGGUAUGACUAUACGAAGAAAUAAAAUAGGUACAAGUGAUAUACUGACUUCAGGUUAUUCAGAUACUGAUUCGCUUGUAUCAUAUUUUGAUUACUUUUCAAUUCCAAAGGCUGGUGAACCAAAGAAAAAUAAACAUACUGCUCCUCAAGAUAUGAUUAAUAAUGUUAAACGAUCUAUUGAAGAAAAAUCAACCGGUAAAGAUCCUAGUCAACGACGAAUUUCUGCUCUGUAUGAACCGAAGAAUAUGAUUCAGAAUUUAAAGGAAUCUAUAAGUUCUAAGGCUUCAAAAUCACAAAUUAGUACACCAUCUUCAAUUAUGGGAGCAGCAAAGAGUAAUACUGCCAUCCAUGAAGUUAGAGAAAGAAUAGAACUGAAAAGAAUUUCUACACCUUUACAAAAGAAUGAUAGUCUGGAUGCUGCAAGAACAUCGUAUGGUAAUUCUCCUUUACCGCAUGAAGCAUGGAAUGGCUCUUCUAGUUCAGUAGCCACAUCAUUUCUGGAUUUUGAUAUCCAAGACUCUACAAUUCUUCACGAUCCACCCAACCAACAUAUAGAUGAUCUUACUAUAAAAGAUGAUCCUACUAUAAAAGAUGAUAACAAGAAUUCAGCAAUACCGAUACCUCCUUCUCCCAGUGCAUUUGCAAGAAAUUUUGCCGUGGGUAGUGUUGAUAGUUUGAAUCAAUCACUUCCAUCUCCAAGAUUAAAUGCAGUUACUUCAACUCAUACAGAUGGUUCUGGUGAAGAUGUCAACAAAUCAAAACCUAAAAGAAGACCACCUCCUGGCAUGUCAGCUGAGGAAAUAGCUCCAACUUCAUCGUAUAAUGAUACAGAUGUCGAUCAAGCCUAUUCAUCAUCCCUGUAUACUUAUCAUAAUAGCACAUCUGAUUGGACAGAUGGUGAGUGGAUUAAAGAUAAUGCAUUCGCGACAUCUUCUGCAUCAAGAAUUCCAUUGGAUUCUCGUAAUUCAACUUCAAGCGUAUACAAGACAAAAGCUAACGAUAGUCGGCUUACUGUAGGAGAUCUGGGAGCAGAGUCGGAUUAUGAAUAUGCGAAGAUGGGAUAUCAGAAUCAACCUGUACGUAUGAAAUCUACCAUGAGAAAAAGAGAUAAAAGAAAGGAUAGAAAGCUACUCUUUAAUGAAAAUAAACCUUGGAAGAAUCAUCAGGCAUUGACUAUAAUUACUGAACAGGAAAGGAAACGGUAUGAAGGUUUAUGGGCAAGUAAUAAGGGUAUUUAUAUGAAUACCAUAGUUACCCCUCUUACGGGAUCCAAUUUGUGCGAAGCUGAUCUGAGAGAAGGACUGCCAGUAGGUGGCAUUUCAUUAACAGCUGCUAGAUUAUCAUCAAAGUACGAUUCAGUCAAUACUACUAAUGAUCCAAAUUUACAUGCUCUUGAAUCUGUAGAUCCAAAUCAAUUAAUUCAUGGAUUGGUUGUAAAACGAAUCUGGUCCAGAUCUAGGUUACCUUCAGAAACUUUACAAGAGAUUUGGGAUUUAGUUGAUUUUAGAAAGGAUGGUACCCUUAAUAAGCCAGAAUUUUUGGUAGGUAUGUGGCUAGUAGAUCAAUGUUUAUAUGGAAGAAAACUUCCUAAAAAAGUUGAUGAUAUUGUAUGGGAAAGUUUGGGAUAUAUUGGAAUUAACGUAGUAGUUAAAAGGAAAGGUAAACGAUAA